GUCCGUUCGGCACCUCGUUGUACGACGGAUACUACAGAGCACCUUGGCACCUUGAGCUUUAUAUGAAAUUUCUUUCUGCAGAUUUGCAAACACCGGAGUCUAAAAACAAAGAAAAAAGGGUUUUUAUUGUGCAUUGUAGGGUGGAGAGAAUGGUUCACAUGCAACGUUGUAGGCGCUGGGAAGUCGGGGGUCUCAACUGGAGCCGGUUGCUCUGGAGUCGAGCAUCUUUGUCUUCGUUCUCGUCAGUCCCUACUCUACAUCCCGCCAGCUGUACAUUACUGUCCUUUCUUUCCUUUCCUCGCUGUCUUUUCCUCUGUAUAUCACCGUCCACGCAACGCUCCUCCGAAUUUGACGGCUAUGGCUUCGCUAGGGCCGAAUGCGCAAAGGCGCUAUUAUCAACAGCAGAACAACACUCCUUCAACGACGAGGCUCUUGUCCCCAGCUUCAGGACAGGGACCAGGGAGCGUGCAGGCCGCGCUUGUCCAAACCCCUCGUGCAGUUCGUAAUAUGAACAGUGAUGCAUCCUUGGGCGACUCACGUUACGCUUCUGGGUCUCCAUCGACAUCGCACUCGAUAUCAGAAAAGUUCUCGCUUUCUCCCGAUCCUUCCGCUUGGGGUGCACAACUUGGGAUAGAUCAUGCAGAAAGUGAUGAUUUCCUACAUAACCCAGACCCGCGAAGAGACACAAAGCAUGACCAACAGAAGGACGUCUUCACCCAAAGGGGUCUCACCAAUGUCGGAUGCUUGGCUGUCCUCGCCCUUGGACUUGUCGGAUUGUUUGCUGGAUACCCGAUCGCUACUUACUUCACUAAGACCAGACAAGCAACCUUCGGUGGUUUCAACCUUGGAGGUAUCAAUGCAUCCGGACAAAUACCAGCAAUGGCUGGGAACUCGGGUCUUGUAGAUCUGGACACGCCAUCUGACGUAUACACAAAGCGUGACUACGUGAAUGGCAAAGAAUGGCAACUCAUCUGGAGCGACGAGUUCAAUGUCGAUGGCCGUUCAUUCUACCCUGGCGACGAUCCGUAUUGGGAAGCAGUGGACCUUCACUAUUGGCAGACAAAUAACAUGGAAUGGUAUGACCCUGCUGCUAUAACCACAAAAGGCGGCGCACUUCAGAUUACACUGUCGCGCAAGGAGACCCAUGAUCUUCACUUCGAAGGUGGCAUGAUGUCAACGUGGAACAAGUUCUGCUUCACUGGAGGUUUGAUUGAAACAUCAGUCAUCUUGCCUGGUGUGAACAAUAUCGUUGGUCUCUGGCCUGCCAUUUGGACCAUGGGUAAUCUAGGUAGAGCUGGUUAUGGUGCUAGUCUUGAGGGCAUGUGGCCAUAUACGUACGACUCUUGUGAUGUGGGUACCGUGGCAAAUCAGACCUUGAAUGGCUUGCCUAUUGCCGCUACUGUGAAAGGUGAUAAGUCCGUCGGUGGCGUCCUUUCUUUUCUUCCAGGUCAACGUCUUUCUCGUUGCACAUGCCCUGGAGAAUCGCAUCCCGGUCCUGUUCAUGCUGAUGGAUCCUACGUCGGUCGUGCGGCGCCCGAGAUUGAUAUCUUUGAAGCUCAGAUCACCGGUACACCUCUUACUGGUCAAGUCUCCCAAUCGUGUCAAUGGGCGCCCUUCAAUGCCGAAUAUAUAUGGUUUAAUAGUUCAGACACCUAUGAGAUCCUCGAUCCUACAGUCAGCGAACUGAACACCUAUCUUGGUGGCGCCUUCCAACAAGCUACUUCUGUUGUGUCAGAAACAGACCAGACAGCAUAUGAAGGUACUGGCGGAAACUUUUCCCUGUACGGCUUCCAAUACCAACCUGGCUUUGAUGGGGCUUAUAUCACCUGGAUUUCAAACGGAAACGUCGCAUGGACACUCAAGCAGGCAGGUAUGGCAGCAGACACUGCUGUCGAAAUUGGUUCAAGACCGAUACCUCAAGAGCCCAUGUAUAUCAUCGCCAACUUGGGCAUGUCUACCAACUUCGGAGAGGUCGAUUUGGAACAUCUUGAAUUCCCCGUUACCAUGAGCGUAGACUAUAUUCGUGUCUACCAGGACCCCGCGCAUAUCAACUAUGGCUGCGAUCCUGAGGACUUCCCAACCGAGGCGUAUAUCAAACAGUCCGUACAUCGAUGCAUAUACCAACCCGAACUUGACGACGUGGCGAGAUGACUUUAAGCAGCCGUUCCCCAAGAAUAGGUUCCUUGGCCAAUGUUAAAUCGCCAUGACAUAUACCAGCACACUUUACCCGCACUUAUUUUUCGCGUCCUGAAGCGACUCCAUCACAUUCUCUCAAAUACUUCCGAACCACAUUCCUUCUCAGCUGUUGCAUUCUACUCUUCAGAUGUAUUGCCACCCACGAUUUUCUUUUAUCUCGGACUCUGACCGAGUUGCUCCAUUGGCCUGCUAUCUGAACGCAGCUGACUCUUCGUCUCGUGGACUUCCUUUACCUUUCUUGUUCGGCUUGCCUUCGGGUAGCUUGUUCUGUUUAUUAGUUCGUCCUUUUUGUUAUUUGCACACUUACAUCGUCUGGUACCUUUCACGUAACUUUAUUCCUCCUUUUUUUUUGUCUUCUUUCGUACAUUACCUGCCAUAGAUACCUUGUACCGGUUUGGAUCUCCUUCCGAGAUACAGACCGCUAUGUAAAUAGUGCGCAGAAUGCAUGCGCUUGUUUGUAUGUUUUUUUUGAAUAUAUGUUUGGACCAUGAGGUCAUUCCGUGCC